AUGUCCGUGACGCCACGAUUCAAAGUCUAUAACUCAACACAUCAAAUCCAAUCCCAGCCUUUACACUUUCAGGUUACAACUUUUGAAGAGUCGGCGUUUAUAUGGGCUGGUGCUGAUGAAAAUGAAGUCUUAGGAAGUUUAGCAGUUGCUAUGCCGCCACCAACUUUAAAUGGUAGUACCUUAUCAACGUCGUCCACAACUUUAUUAACAAACGAGAUAGAGGAAACUUCUAAACAGCUUGGACAAAAACUUG